AUGCAACUGAGGACACACACUUGGUUAUCUCUGACAGCAGUUCCUUAUAUCUGUAACUCGCUGCCAAUCAAUACACCCAGUCCUAGGUCUUUGACAUUUGAUACAAGAUUGCGAAAUAGUGCUCAUUUGGUUCAGCAACUUGAAAAGAGAGACACCAUACUAAACGUUGAUACAUCUAUUCACCAAGUUUUAUUGACUAUUCCUAUGAGUAUUGCCAAUCAAGAUGUAGAAUUGGUCGUGGAUACAGGUUCUCGUACAACAUGGUUAUAUAAUGGAAUUAACAAUAUAAACCACAUGUUGUGUGAGUCUAACUCUUGUCUUAAAUCUGAAAAUGGUCUAACCAUUCACCAUGAUGAAGAUUACAGCAUCCAAUAUGCAGGUCAUUUUGGUGCUAGCGGAAAAUGGGCUACUGGUGAACUUUCAGUUGGUAAUUCUGAUAAAGCAAAUUUUAAGUUUGGUUUGGCCGAUCAACUUGACGGAUUUGUUUCUUAUUCCUGGUCAGGAUUCGGAUAUAAUUCUUAUAACAAAGACUUAAAUUCGAUACACAUACUUGACGCCCUAAAGAGUGCCAACGCAAUCGACAACCGAGUCUUUGAACUUCGUUAUGAUAAUUCUUAUGAUUGGGGUAAAGAAAUUAUGGGUACCGGUUCUUUAACCAUUGGUGAUUAUGAUCACAGUAAAAGCUACAACUUUUUCCCUCUUGAUAAUGAGAAUUCUCCUUACUAUAGAAUUCAAGCUCAAUCUGUUCACAAUAAUGAAGGCGAUAGAAUGAAUCUGAGAAGCACUAAGCUGGUUGGUUUUGACUCUGGCUCAACAUCAUCUUAUUUGAAAAGUAUUUAUAAGGAUGUUAUUUUAUCUCAAGUCACCUUUGACGAAAAUUUGCCAGGUUUUUUCUCAUGUUCUAAGUAUAAAGAUUUUAAAAUUACACUGCAGAUUACAGACAAUUUCUCUCUCACUGUUGCACUCACCGAUCUCUCUUGGAAUAAGUACCAAGAAGACUAUGAUCUGUGUCAGUUGAUGAUUGAAACCCUGGAUGAUGGCGAUACCUCGGAAAUAAUCUUUGGCCAGUAUUACUUGAAAAACUUUAACUCUGUUUUCGAUAUUGACAAUGCACAAUUCGGUAUCUCCACUGAUUAA